AUGUCAUCAGCCUACAUCGGCGUCGCAGUCGCCGUCACACAAUCCAAUGGUACCACCGUCAGCGGCACCAUCGUAGCCAUCGAUGCUCAGCGGAACCUUCUCUUCCUUCAGCCGCAGGGAUCCUCUCGCACCACGACGAUCAAUCGCAACAACAUCAAAUCAAUUACAACACUCGCCAACAACAACAACAACAACGCCGCAUCCUCGAGUCAGCCAAAGGCAGUUCCGCCAGAUGCAGCCAAACUUCCGACUCCCUCUGCCCCCUCUCAACCACCACCACCACGCGCACCUUCCAAGCAGCGCAACAAGUCCAAAGCAGCAGCAGCAGCAAAAGCUGCCAACGCAGCUGCUUCUCCCGCUCCGACUCCUCCUCCGCCAGCCCCAGAAGCUAUGCCGGACUUUGACUUCGAAGGCGCGCUCAAGGGAUUCGACAAGGCUCGCAUAUGGGAUGAAAUUCGUGCCAACGACCGCAUCGACCCGGCGUCGAGGCUCGUAGCCCACAAUCGCGUACAAGGCACUCGCGCAAACAACGGCGGCAACGAUAAUCGUGAUGGCAGUACGCCUUCGUCCCCUGCACCGAGAGGCCGGGCUAAUGGAGCAGGAGCCUCGAGUGACAAGCAGCGCAAGCUUCGACCGGACGAGAAUGUGCUCAGUCCCAGUCCACCCCCGGAAGGUACCCAGGACGUGCCAGCCGUAGCGAGCACGGCGAGUGCGACGGGCGCGACAGGCGCGAGUGCCAAUGAAAAGGCAAUCGACGGCGAGCAAGCACGGCUACGACGUGAGCUACGCAUCGCGCAGCGAAAGCUUGCCGUCCUCGAGUCGAUAUCGGGUAUCAGGCUCGCUCACCGUCGCAAUGCUAGUGAGGGCAUUCGAGAUAGUACGGAAAUCGCGGCGGUACUCGAUUUCGACUGCUCCAUCGCAAGUCCACCUCCAGCUCCUGGUGCUCCAAGCGUUACAGACUCGCAACGCGUGGUCCGCUUUGCGCUCUCGACGACGCUCGACGAGGGCGACGCUAAGUUGCGCUUCAAGCCCGAGGGGACUCCAGACGGGGACCAGGGAGAUGCGCCGGCCAGCGUUGCCUUGCCAGAGAAGUACCGCCGAGAAAUGGGACUGAGGAUGGACAAUGGGAGUGCGCGGGUAUUCCUCGAUAGAGUCAGAGCAGCGACGUUUUCGUGA